AUAUCUUACGCUGACAAGAGUUGAAGCCGUAGAAAAAAAAUAGAAUUUAGUAUGAAUUAGCUUAUAGAAAAGGUGCUAAUGUCAAUCCUUGUGUGUUUAUGUAUAAUAUUUAUCGUGCACAGCUACAGUUUAUGUUCAAAGAUAUGUACAUUCAGUGUCUUAGUAGAAACAAUACAUACCAUUGAUAGUUAUCAAUUUGGUAGAUAUUUCGUGUAUUAUACAAUGUUAGUUAGAAAUUUGGGAAUUGCUAGAUGAAGUGCAAGUCGCGAUGGUGUAUUUGCUUGGACUUAUUAGAAGUAUGCUGCCUAACCUUUUAUAAUGCUUGGUUGUGCAUUUGUUAUUUACGACCUCAAUUUCAAGGAAAUUUUUGCUAAAAAAUUAGGCUUUACAUUAGGUAGGUAGAUAAGAAAACGUCAAAUUUUUUUAAAUCACACAUACGUAAUUUAUCUCUCUAUUUUGUCUGUACAAUUGUGACUUAUUCUUGAUUUAUCACAUGUUAACUUUACUUGUAUGAAGGUUGGCUUGUUUUUGUAUACAUAGGCAUGUGCCAAUAUGAUUUCUUUAAAAAAUUUUAAUAGUAUAGUAUUAGGAGUUCUAUGAAUGUUUACGUGUCUUUCAAAUUAAAAUUUUGAUGAUACCACUGCUAUAAAAUUAAUUCUUAAAUACAAAAAUAUAGAAUGUUAUAUGUCAUGCAAAAGAGUAAUGACAAUCCUCGUUGGAUAUUUGGUAUGACAGCGUGUAGUUCGUAAGAAGCAUAAACGCAUCACUUUCACUUGUCACAGACACAUGAACAAAUUCUACAUCGAUUAUAUGACAAUCUUUUACUCAAUGUUUAUAUUAGCUCUUUUUUCAAAUUUAUAUUUUGUUGAACUACUUGGUACAAAUGUUAUCUGUGACAUAUGAGUCAUAACCAUGUGAUGACUAAGUAAUGACUGUCAGCAUUGAGUUAUUGUCAAUAAUCUUUUGUUAAAGAUUUGUGAAAAAUUUCCAUAUUUGAAAAUUUAAAGGUAUUUUGAUUUCAUAUUUGAGAGGUUUAAUUUGAAACAUUUUAUAUAUUUCCCUUUUAAGGAUCAUUUUUUCAUUAAAAGAGAUUUCGGCCUGUACAGUAAGUUUCUAUAAUUUCGUUUUAGAAUGGUUUAAAAUUAGUUACUGGAAGUUUCAAGAGGUUCCUUUUACCUGUUCUAGAGUCAUUAACAAAACUGUACUAUGUGGCGAACUGUCGUUUCCUCGCAAGGUAGAAAUAAUUAUACGCUUAUAUCAAUAGAAUUUUUUAGGUUAAUGUAACAAUAAGAAAUGGGAAAACUUACAGAUCUUCAUGAUGAUGAUUUGAUUGAAAUAUUCCAGUUUUUUAAAUUGAAAGAACUUCCAACAUUGUUACAAGUUUGCAAACAUUGGAGAGAUGUUAUAGAUUCUUCUAAUGAUAUAUGGAGGAAGUUUAUUCCAAAAUGUAAAGGUUUUAAACCUCCAAACGCCAAAACAUCAAAACACGCAUUACGUAAAAUCAGAAGAAAAUGUUAUUUAAUUGGUGAAGAAAUGUGGUAUCCGGAUCCGGAUCCACAGUUGGUUACAAGGAAUAAAAUGAUCCGGUAUUGUGAUCAGUGGGGAUUUGGCAUUAAAAAGCCUAGGCGAACAGGAUUCAAAUUGUACUUUAGACUUAAUCCGGUUUAUGAUUUCGUUACUGAUCAUGAAAAUGAAAAUCUAUCUGCUUUAAUAAACAAAAUUUGGGAAGACUUUUAUGCAGCCCAACCAUUUGCUGAAACUCCUGAUGAAGAUAACGCCUACAAUUGGGAAUGUCGUUUGGAACUAUCUACAGUAAACGAAGUUAUUGAAACAUCAAAGAUUCAGAAGUUUGAUGCAUCUUUUAAAAAAAAAAUACAAAACUUGUUUGAACCUUAUUACACUCGUAGAAGAAUUAGUGAAAGAUUAGAUCUUGAAAUUUUAUCCAUUUCAGAAGAAUAUGAAAGUGAUGCAGAAGUUGCACAUUCUGAUUUUGUAACAGUUGAACCAGAGGAAGAUAGUCUUACUGCAUUUCGAGCAGCCGUUGACGAAAAUUUAAGAAAGAAUUAUUACCCACCCACUUAUAAAUUUUAUCAAAGGUUCUUUAAAACUAUGUUUGGCCCAAAUGCUGAUAAAGAAGCUCGAACAUUUUAUCUAGUUGAUGGCUGUUUCAAUGAAAAUUUCGAAUAUGCUAUAGAUAUAACCAUUGGUGAAAAUAUGGUAUUCUAUAACUCCUUGUUUUAUGAUUUGUAAAGUAUUAAACCUAUAUGUACCAUGUUUUGUUCAGAAAUAUUUUGUUUUUUCGUGGGUGUUUAAUAGUUGCGGUUGCCUAAUUUGUCAAAAAUAUAAAAGCCACAAAAUUAGUGGCUUCUUAAAACAUCCUAAUUUCAGUAUAAAUGAUAGUAUGAAGUAUAUAUCCGUAUAAUCGAUUAUUUUUCGCGAAUUAUAUCUAUCACAAUAAUUUCGAGAAUUAAUUUCCCUCUAGUAUUUUUACGGGCAUUAAAUUUUGCGUAAUGAUUUGUCAAAAAUAUAAAGCCACAAAAUUAGUGGCUUCUGAAAACAUCCUUAUUUCAGUAUAAAUGAUAGUAUAAAGUAUAUAGCCGUAUAAUCGAUUAUUUUCGGCGAAUUUUAUCUAUCAAAAUAAUCUCGCGAAUUAUUUUCCCUCUAGUAUUUUCACGGGCAUUAAAUUUUGCGUAAUGGACAACAAAUAGGAAACGGUUAGUUACCUUAAGGCAUUAUUUAUAUGUAAAUAUGAUUGUUUUAUCCAGAGGUAGCUUUUCCCCAAUUACUUGAUUGGACAGAACUAUUACUCACCCUUGUGCCAUUUCACGCAAACAAACUUGUAUUUCACAUCGGUAAACUUGUGUUGACAACUUAUAUUUUUUGUACGAUCGCACGCUUCGAAACACUAACAACAGAUGAAUUAAGAGAGAAAGUGAGAACAAAUUUUAAGGUACAUGCAAGGUACGUGAAAUUUUAGAAAAAUCGCGUAAAUGAGGAAUUUUUAAAAACAAGUUGCAAUACACCUUUCCCGAGACCAUGAGUCAUACUUUUUUUAAACUCGUAAAAUAUGAAUACCAUAUUUGAAUUCAGCAUAGUUUGUUUAAUUUAUGUGUAAAAGUUUAACUUAAUACGCCAAUAGAAAGUGCUAUUUUGAGGAGAUUUAUAUAUCACAGUUAAAGUCUUCUUAAUGCUCAAGUUACCAUGUCCCGCCUCGUUUUCAAAAAGAGGUUGGACAUGCCACAAAUCUUUAAAUUAGAAUAGCAGGUUGUUUACUUGCUGCAUUGUUUCGAAAUUUUCUUUGUUUAUGACAUUUUGAUAAGGAAUUCAAAUUUGUUGUCCGUUUUUCAUAAAACUCAACAAAAAAAGUUGGGGCACAUCAAAAGAAUAAGUCUCGGGAAAGGUGUAUUGCCAAGUGCUGAGAGAAAUGAGAAAUUAUCUUACUUUAUACUUCAUAUUUAAUUUUAAUACUUAGUUGUGGUAUACUAUAGGUUAUAACUAUAUGAAUAUUAAAUCAAUUUUUAGCAUUAUUUUUUUAAAAUUUAAGUGUUCCAAAUGCAAACAUAUUACCACCUUUCCCGAAUUUCAUAAAUUAUAAUAAUAAUGACGUCAUCCUAAAUUUUAUAAUGAUUCUGUGCUCUUCAGAUAAGGAUAUUCAGAUAGAAUAUUAAAUUAUCAUGACAAAAAUAAAGUUUUUAGAGCAAUAUAAUAUUCUAGCUGGAUUUUAUUCAGAUUUGAAGAAAAUAAUUAUUUUGAAAAAGAGGCUAUUCUUAGGAAGCUCGGCAAUAUGAGGGGUUUGACCGUAACGUUCAGCUCAGAAUUGAGGCACUUAACGAAUAAAAAUAUUUACGAAAUUAGGUAAUUUGUUCUACCUUUUGCUAAGGAACUUAGAUAUAAGAAUCAUUUUUAGUAAUGACCUCUUUAAUUGAUUGGCAUAGUUAGGAAAUUCGGGAAAGGUCUAUUUCGCUUGUUUUUUUUUGUGAGUGCUUCUAUUCGUCAAAAUAAUUUCCGCUGUUUGCAUUAGAGAUUAUGUGUAACGUGCAAAAAAAUAUUUUUAGACCUUUCAAUCAGAAAAAUAAGUUCUGUGACACUUACUUUGUUAAGAAGAGUCAAGCAUCACAGCCCUCUAUUACACCAAUAUAUGAUUUUCAAUUAUUUGAUAUUUUGUAAUUAAUUUUUUUAUGUUUUUCUGUAUACUUAAGGUUUAUUGUCUGUGUUAAUAUUUAAACAAAAUGA